AUGGCUUAUAGGUCCCGGUCGAAUGAGGGCAACUCGAGUGUAAGUCAAGUAACAAACUCUGAGUUAGAUGAAUUCAAUAUUGAGGUGGAGUCUAAUGAAAAGUCACAUGAAGAUCAGGUUGGAAAUUGGCUACAAGAAGAGGAAGAAACUGAUGAGCAUCAACAAGGUUAUGACAUUUAUUUACUAGCUCGAGAUAGAACAAGAAGGAAGAUUAAACCCCCUGAAAGGUAUGGCUAUGCUGACUUGAUUGCAUUUUCUCUAGUUGCUGCUAGUGAAGUCUUAGAAGAAGAGCCUUCAAGCUUUAAGGCUGCUAUUAAUAAUAAAGAGAAAGAAAGACGGCUUAAAGCCAUGAAUGAGGAAAUGAAGUCUUUGCACGAUAACCAUACAUGGAGUUUAGUAAAGAGGCCUGCAGAAUCAAGAGUGUUGUUUGUGUUGUCCAUGUUGAAGCCCCGACCUUCGGAGAUAGAUUAUUAUUGCGCUCUGAUUGAGGAUGAUGCUCCAUUUUAUCCUGGAUUGGGCCAAGAUGAAGAGGAUGAAACUCCCACUAAUUUUGAGAAUGUGGCAGAGAUAGCUGCUGAGGUUGCGAAGGUAGCCAAUACUUUUGUUGAUUCUAGCCCAGAUGAUGAGGAUAGCCCAGUCCCCAGCAGCCCCACACCCUCGGCCCCAACCCCAUCCAAACCAGGAUGCGUGGUCCAAGGUUUGAUGCAUAUUGAUGUGACAAAGUAUAUGCUACGUAGGCGUCGCCAAUUCUACCUCGAGGCGUAUCGCCAAGAUGUCGUUGUGAUGAAUAUUGUGUUCUCACAAGUGGUACCAGAUCAUUAUAAUGCAUAUCAUAAUGCCAAGGAAGAGGAUAAGAAAAGGUUUUUGUGGGAUGCAGAUGUGGUGUCAAUGAUUACAGUUGAAGCAUCUAUUUCUACUUGGACUCUGAAUGUUUAUGAUUCAGACGUGACAGUGAUAAGUGAGAAACAACUGCAAUCCUUUAUGAAGUCAUGGUCUACUUUAUUCCCAUCGCUGUUAUUACAGUCACAUAUUUUCAAGGACAACCCUCGGUUGAUGAUUCCACCUGGAGCUAAAAGAUGCAAAGAGUUCAAGGAAGCUUAUCUUAAGAAGGUUCUGAACAGUUUUGGAAUGUUAAUUGCAAAACCUAUUGUCACUCCUAUAUCUCAACAGUUCAAGUUGAGUAUAAAUCAAGCACCUAAAACUCAUGAUGAGCAGGAAUACAUGAAAGACAUACCAUAUGCAAAUGCAAUUGGCUCACUAAUGUAUGCAAUGGUAUGCACUCGUCCUGAUAUAGCUUAUGUUCUUAGCUUGGAAGAGAAAGGACAACUGAAAUUGAAGGCUUUGUGGAUUCUGACUAUGCAAGCUGCCUUGACACUUGAAAAUCACUCACAAUCUAUGUAUUCACUGCUUAUGAAGGAAUUGCUAUUGAACUCAAGAUGUAAGAUCAAGUCAUCACUGUUCACUGUGAUAAUCAGAGUGCAAUUCACUUAUCCAAAAAACCAAGUGUACCACAAGAGGACAAAGCAUGUAGAUAUUAAGCUACAGUUUGUUAGAGAAGUUAUUUCAAAUGGAUCAGUAAUUGUUGAGAAGGUUUCUACAGAUCAUAAUCCUUCUGACAAGAUUACUAAAGUGCUUCAAAGCAGCAAGUUCUUUCACUACUUGAAUCUGAUCCAACUGCAAGGAGACUAA